AGUUACGUUUAUGCAUACUUAUCUAAAUUAGAUUGCCUUAUCAGUGUAAGUGAAUGAAAUCGUUGAUGAUUUCGUCUUUAUACUCCUAUCUUAUGAAAGUAAGGCAAUGGGACCAAGUAAGACAAAAAGCUUCUUUCUUCUGACACUUAUAUUACCAUUUUCUUAUUGCUAUGUCGAUUCUGUGACCUUGACAUUGAUUCAAAGGAUGGCAGCCCUAGAAACGAGAGACAAAGAAAAAACCAUAGUAUUUGAGCGAUUGACUAAACAACUUGGGUACCAGGAGGAAAAUAUGAAAGUCAUGAAACUCACUAUUGAAAACCUCACGAAAGACGUAGCUAAACUUUCCAGUACUUGGCAAGAAAAUGACGAAAGAUUUCCAAAACUUCAUCAUAAUCUGAGUAAAUUGUCAGAAGAAAGCAAUCGACUACAGGUACCAAAUAAUCAUCCAGAAAAAAUGUUGUUACAAGCUGACACAGGCAUAUCUGAAACAAUCUUCAAUCAGGCAAAUGACUUGCAUUUUUACCUAAAUAAAACACAACCAAAGAAUAAGACAAUGGAAGCCAAGAAAUCUAAAUAUAGCAAACAAGUGGUCAAGGGCGUAUCAAUUCCUAUCAAGGAUAAGAAACAUCUAAAAAGUAGUAAGGAACGUUUAGUAGCAAAUAUAGAGGGUCCAGUAGCAUUUCACGCGGUGUCUGAUAGGGGAGAGAUAAAUCAUCUUGGAACAGAUGAAAACAUAAAAUUUGAGACAAUUUUACUGAACGCUGGCGGAGGAUACCACACUCAACAUGGGUUAUUUAUUGCACCAAAAGCUGGAAUAUAUCUAUUUUUUACUUCAGUUCUUUCCGCUGGUUCGAUGAUAUACGCCGAAAUAGCAAAGAAUGGUGCUUCCCUUGCAAAAGCAUAUGGUCGUGGGCAAUCUAAAACUAUUGAUACACAAGGAUCUGUUUCCGUGGCAACACAAAUGGACGUUGGAGAUGAAGUAUGGGUGAAACAUACAUUCCCAGCGGAUGGAAAUCUAUGGGGUGAACGAUUUACAAGUUUUACAGGAGUGUUGAUAUCGUCAUGAUAUUUAAACAAAAUUGGCAGCAUUAAGAUUGUCUAAUUACAAUGCUAAACAUUUUCAAUUGAAUUUAUUUUUUGACGGCAAUGUCAAAUUACAGCUGAACUAAAAUUGUUAAAAAAUUAAUAUUGUUUU